AUGCCUUCCACCAUUUCUGUCCUUGCUGCGGGGGUUCUCGUGCCCGUUUUGGGCGCCGUGGCUGCUAAGCUUCCUUCUACGGCUCAGAUUAUCGACCAGAAGUCGUUCAAUGUCUUGAAGGAUGUGCCGCCUCCUGCAGUGGCCAAUGACUCUCUGGUGUUUACUUGGCCUGGUGUAACUGAGGAGUCUUUGGUCGAGAAGCCUUUCCAUGUCUACGAUGAAGAGUUUUACGACGUCAUUGGAAAAGACCCCUCUCUGACCCUCAUCGCGACAUCGGAUACCGACCCAAUUUUCCACGAGGCUGUUGUCUGGUAUCCUCCUACCGAAGAGGUCUUCUUUGUCCAGAAUGCAGGCGCUCCUGCUGCUGGCACUGGAUUGAACAAGUCUUCCAUCAUUCAGAAGAUUUCCCUCAAGGAGGCCGACGAGGUCCGCAAGGGCAAGAAGGACGAGGUCAAGGUCACAGUCGUCGACUCAAACCCUCAGGUCAUCAACCCCAAUGGUGGUACUUACUACAAGGGCAACAUCAUCUUCGCUGGUGAGGGCCAAGGUGACGAUGUUCCCUCCGCCCUGUACCUGAUGAACCCUCUCCCUCCUUACAACACCACCACCCUCCUCAACAACUACUUCGGUCGCCAGUUCAACUCCCUCAAUGAUGUUGGCAUCAACCCCAGGAACGGUGACUUGUACUUCACCGACACCCUCUACGGAUAUCUCCAAGACUUCCGCCCUGUUCCUGGUCUGCGAAACCAAGUCUAUCGUUACAACUUUGACACCGGCGCCGUCACUGUUGUCGCUGAUGACUUUACCCUCCCCAACGGUAUUGGCUUCGGUCCCGAUGGCAAGAAGGUCUAUGUCACCGACACUGGUAUCGCUCUCGGUUUCUACGGCCGCAACCUCUCUUCACCCGCCUCCGUUUACUCUUUCGACGUGAACCAGGACGGUACACUCCAGAACCGCAAGACCUUUGCUUACGUCGCAUCUUUCAUCCCCGAUGGUGUUCAUACCGAUUCCAAGGGCCGUGUUUAUGCCGGUUGCGGCGAUGGUGUCCAUGUCUGGAACCCCUCUGGCAAGCUCAUCGGCAAGAUCUAUACCGGCACUGUUGCUGCUAACUUCCAGUUUGCUGGUAAGGGAAGGAUGAUCAUUACUGGACAGACAAAGCUGUUCUAUGUGACUUUGGGAGCCUCAGGCCCCAAGUUGUAUGACUAG